CGCAAGCGCUCUUCCUCAAACACCCCGCAUCACUCAUAAUCUUCAGCGUGGUUCUGCUGCAGGUGGUGACUCCAUAUAAAGCGUGCGAAUUCCUGCCCUCCAAAAACAUGGGGAAGCGCGUGGCGGUUGUGUUGGCGGGCUGUGGCGUGUUCGAUGGCAGCGAAAUCCACGAGGCGUCAGCAGUGCUGGUGCAUUUAAGCCGUGAGGGAGCGAGUGUCAAAAUAUUUGCACCCAACAUCGAUCAGAUGCAUGUUGUAGAUCAUCUGAAAGGUGCACCUACAGAGGAGAAGCGCAAUGUGCUUGUGGAAAGUGCUAGACUUGCCCGGGGUGACAUCCAAGACUUGUCCCAGCUCAGUGUAAAGGAGGUAGAUGCCAUAAUCUUUCCAGGUGGCUUUGGAGUUGCUAAGAAUCUGUGCACCUGGGCAGUGCAAAGUAAAGACUGCUCUGUUAAUGAGGAGGUGAAGACAGUCCUGCAGGCCUUCCACAGUGAGAAGAAACCCAUCGGCUUGUGCUGCAUCUCUCCUGUGCUGGCAGCUAAAGUAUUCCCAGGCUGUGAAGUAACUGUUGGCCAUGACAAGGAUGAAAGGUUUCCUGAUGUCCCAGACACUGCUGAGGCAAUCUCUCAACUCGGCUGUAAGCACAUCUGUAAGAAUGUUCAUGAAACCCAUGUGGAUGAGAAAAAUAAGAUCGUCACCACCUGUGCCUUCAUGUGUAAGGCACCACUCCAUGAAAUUUUUGAUGGAAUCGGUGUGAUGGUUCAAGAUGUUCUCAAACUUGCUUGAAUGCUCUCUGGCAUCUCAACCCCUUUAAGUGCCUACAUGUAAAAUUAGGGGUGAGCAUUGUCCUGUUACAAGGUGUCACUGAUUUUGUUAUUGCCAAAGUAGAAUUUGUUAAAUAAAUGCCUUAUUCACUGAACAGAAA